AUGAAUACGUUGAGCCUCCCUGAUGUAACACCCGACGACAAGGUAUCACGAAACACGAUUCGACAUCAGAUCCGUCUACAACCAGCCUUUGACACGUCAUGGAGGUUAUCACGCGCGACGAAUCACGAAACACGAAUCGACAAGCGCGCGCGCGCUUCAGCAUCCGUCAUCUCGUUCAUCCCGACACUUGACACGUCAUGCGAUUCACAAAUCGACCUUGUCAAGUUAUUCGAGGUAACCGACCUCACCGGAGGUGACAGGUACAAGGACGAAAUAGAGAACGAUACGUUGGGGAAACCGACAUCGAAGGAACGGACGUCUGCCUACACAAAAGACGAAACGACCUUAGACAGGGACGGGAAGUAA